UUAUUCCACAUGAAUCCUUUAUUCGUUAGUGAUGCGUUAGCAAAGUGUUUGAGCAGAAUUGAUAUUUUGGGGAAAAUAUCAAUUCUGCAGGAGACUGUAGGGUUGAUAUAUUUUUCCUGCAUGCGGAAAACUGACAGAGCAGCAGGAGAAUCAUUGGCAGGUCCUGUUAGAGAGGGUGAGAGCAGAGCGGUGGAGAUCAGUCAGCUGCACUGAAGACCAUGUGUGCAUGUGCAUCCCCCUUUCCUCUCAUUCAGCUGUUUUGAAAAACGACAACCCCCCCACCCUCCCCAAAUCCUGCUCCGAGUGCAGUCAUUUCUAGUGCAGAGAAAUGUCCCUGCUGACACUGAGGGAUGACGCAGGCUCUCUCUUCUUCUCUCUGUUUCACUACCCCCUUCACUCUCCAUUUUUGACUUCUCUCCCCCCUUCUUUUUUGCUAUUACGCUCCCCCUUUUCUCUAUUUCCUCUCCUGUCUCCCUUUCCUCUCUCCCCUCCUUUCUCUCUCUCUCUCUCUCUCUCUCUCUCCCCCUCCCUCCCUCUCUCUCUCUCCCUCUCUCCCUCAUCCUGCUCUAGCACUGCAGUGCUGAUUGUGAUUGCACACACACUCACACAGGCACACGCAGGAACACACACAGGAACACACAGGAGCAUAGCUGAGCGGCAAGGACUGCAGCAGCAUGCACCAACCGCGCCUGAGCUGUUUGGGGACACGCGGAAGGGGAACUGAGGAGAGAAAAUAGUGUGCUAUUUUCACACCAGCCUGUGUGUACAUCUUUCCAGCACCGGGGAUGAUGCAUUUCAAGAGCCGAUAGCUUAUGUUAUCCGACCUGCUCUGCACUCUGCAUCCCAUUUACCCUGCUCCUCCUACUCCAACUCUUCCUCCUCCUCCUCCUGUCUAAAGCAUCGUUAGACAGGACUACUGAUUGACCAGGAGUGGAGAGUGCUGGACGGUCAGGUUUUGCCCUGGAUGAAAGCUUCUGCUCUGGUCCAUGCUACAGCUACACCUCCACUGACGGCUGGAUACUAAUUGACAUUUUGAGCUUGAAGACACACAGCCCUGCAGGAAUCUUGGAUGUUUGUCAGUGUUGUAAUUGGCGCAUCUCCUCUUUUUCACUGCUUGCUUUUGCCUUCCCUGAGACUGGCUAGCAGGCACUGCAGCAUCAGGACCGCAAGACCAACGAAGUAGUAGGGCAUGAGGACCCAGGGGCGACUCAGCGGAAGGGCUUGAGUGCUUCCAUUGCUACCACUGCUGCUGAGGUGCUUAUCUUGAUUUUUUUUUUCCCUCCAGAAAAAGGGUGUCUGGUAAGGGUUGGGGAGGGUGGUGACAGCACAGGUACCCACAGGCCCCUGCAGAGCAGAGCGGGUGGCUCCUGCGUAGAGGAGGCAGGCAGGACGUCCUGAGGGAAAGCAGGGCUGGCUCAAGCGUUGGGCUCCUGAUGGUGGCUAUUUUUGUCUCCCCUAGCUGAGUGAUUGGGACAGCGGGUGGAAGAGAAGAUGCUGAUGGCCCGAGACACGGCGCGGGAUGAGGCUCAGAAGCUACACAGGAAGUGGCUCAAGCACCAGGCCUUUAUGGCGGAACUGGCCCGCAAUAAGGAAUGGCUGGCCAAGAUAGAACAGGAGGGACAGGAGCUGAUCCAGGAAAAACCGGAGCUACGUUCAGUGGUCCAGCAGAAGCUGGAGGAGAUCAGGGAAUGCUGGUCCGACCUGGAGAACACCACCAAGGCCAAGGCCAGACAGCUCUUUGAAAAUAACAAGCCUGAGCCGGUGGUGAAGAGCUACUCGGACCUGGACAGUCAGCUCUCCAACUUGGAGCAGCAACCCCCUCAGCUGGAGCAGGCUCACCAUCUGCCAACCUUCAAUGAGCAGCUCCAGAAAUUCCAGGCCAUGGAGUCUGAGAUGGGGGACUUUUACAAGGAUGUUGGAGAACUGGGAAGCUUGCAGGGCAUCUGCCUUCCCCAGAGAGGACUGAUGGGAGGUGACAAGGAGGGAGGUGAGCAGCCCGCCAUGGUAGAGACACGUAUCACCCGCCUCAUUGAACCCUUGAAGGAGAGACGCCGUAUCCUAUUGGCUUCCAAAGAGAUGCACCAAGUGGCACAGGAUCUGGAGGAUGAAAUACUAUGGAUUCAGGAGAGACUUCCCUUAGCCUCUUGUAAGGAUUAUGGGAAUAACCUCCAGAGUGUACAGCACCAUGUAAAAAAGAACCAGACCCUCCAGAGGGAGCUAACAGGACGAAGAGCUCGUGUUGAGGAGGUUCUGGACCGGGCAGGCAUUAUUGCCUCCUUGAGGACUCCUGAGGUGGAGUUUGUGCGUGAAGGAGCGGGACACGUGCGCCAGCUGUGGGAGGUUCUGCAGCUGGAGACAGAUAGGAGGGCUGUGUUGUUGGAUGCCACACUGCAGGCUCAGCAGUACUACACUGAGGCAGCUAAAGUGGAAACCUGGCUGUCAGGUCAGAAGCUCCAGGUGGCCAGCGAAGACAAAGGCACGGAUGAGACGAGCACUUUGCAGCUGCUGAAAGCUCACUUGGCUCUGGAGCAAACGGUUGAAACAUACGCAGAGACAGUUGGCAUGUUAUCUCAACAAUGCCAGCGUCUUCUAGAACUAGGUCAUCCAGAAAGUGAACAAAUCACCAAGCAGCAGUCCCACAUAGACCGACUCUACGUGUCCUUGAAGGACAUGGUGGAGAACAGGAAGACAAAGCUGGAGCAGCAAUAUUGGCUCUAUCAACUCAACAAGGAGGUGGAGGACUUAGAGAAGUGGAUUACCGAACGAGAGGCAGUGGCCAGUUCUACAGAUCUAGGCCAAGACCUCGAGGAUGUCACGGUGCUACAAGAGAGGUUCACUAAGUUUGCCUCAGAGACCAACAACAUUGGCCAGCAGCGUUUGGAGCAGGUUAACAAAAUGGUGAAUGAGAUGAUUGACUGCGGCCACACAGACGCAGCCACCAUUGCCGAGUGGAAGGACGGCCUGAAUGAAUCGUGGGCGGAUCUCUUAGAACUGAUGGAGACUCGCAGGCAGAUGUUGGCAGCGUCGCAGCAGCUGCACAAGUUCUUCACUGAGUGCAAAGAGGUCUUGGCUCAGAUCGCAGGGAAGAUGAAGCAGCUGCCAGAGGUGAGAGCGUGCCAGGCCAACAUCACCAAUCCAGCCACCCUGCAGAGACUCAUGCACUCCUAUGAGCAUGCCCUUCAACUGCUCGUUGCACAGGUGAGGCACCUGCAGGAGAACGCUGCCCAGCUGAGGACAAUCUAUGCUGGUGAAAAGGCCGAGGCCAUCAUGGCCAAAGAGCAGGAAGUAAUGGAGGCGUGGAAGGAGCUUCUGAGCUCCUGUGAAGCCAGUCGUGUUCAGGUUACUUCAGUAACUGACAAGGUGCAGUUUUUCUCUGUGGUGCGUGAAAACCUGAUGUGGAUGGAAGGCAUCAUGGGCCAAAUAGGAUGGGAUGAACCUCGGGAUUUAACGGCUUUGGAGGGGAUGAUGAAGAAACACCAAGAGUUGAAAGCCAAAAUAGAUGGACGCAACAAGACCAUUCAGCAGUGUGCAGAUCUGGGCAAGAUCCUCAUAGCUGCAGGCAAUCCGGCAUCUGAGGAGGUUAGCCAUAUUAAAGAGAAGCUAGACAGCAUUUUGUCAAAGCAGAAGGAUCUUGUUGAAAAGUGGGAUAAACACCAGGAGAGAUUACAGCGUAAGCAGGAACAGUUCCAAUUCGCCCAGGAAACUGUAAAGGCAGAGGCCUGGCUGAAGGCCAAGGAGCCGUUGAUCACCUCCAAGGAGCCAGAAGGAGGUGUGGCCAAGGCCCAAACGGACGAGGCUGAACAGCUCAUCCUUCGCCACGAGGCCUUUCGCAAGGCUGCUGUAACCUGGAAAGAACGCUUCAGUUCCCUCCGCCAGCUUUCUGCAGCUGAAAAGAAAAAAGAGGAGGAGAAAAAGACAACCCCAUUGUCCAGCCGAAGGAUGUUCCCAUUGUCUUGUCUAACUCCAAAUGUUGCCUCAACCAGUGCUACCUCAUCUUUCUUGAGGCAGACAAUACAGGCUAAUAUAGAACCCAAACCUUUACAGACUUGUCUGGACCUGGGGGCCACCCCUGCAUCCCAGAGGUUGGCGUCAACGCUAGCCAGCUACAACCCAGUUUUGAACGGAUCAGGCUAUCAGGGAUUGGAGCAGCAGUGCAGUGGAAAGUUGAUGGGAUCACCAUUCCUUGGAAUGAACAACCAGGCAGUAGGAGGUGGAAGUGACUCUGGCUUCUCAGCAUUGACUUCCCACAGCGGUGGACCUGACACCUCAACUUAUCUUGGGAUAAAUCAUCAAACAGGAGGCAGUGGAGAGAGCUCUGGGUACUAUGGACUUACCACUGGGUGUGUGGGGAGUUUGCAAAACCAUCUUAGCAGUGGUCGAUUGGGUAGUACGAGUAACUUAGCUCAACAGACAAGCGGUGGAGGUUUGGGAAGCCCGGGCUAUCUCCCUCAACAGAAUAUCGGCAGUUCGGGAUAUUUGACACAACAGCCUAAUAUGGGGAGUUCUGGGUAUUUGGCACAGCAGUCGAACAUGGGGAGCUCUGGGUAUUUGGCACAGCAGCCGAACAUGGGGAGUUCUGGGUAUUUGAUACAGCAGCCGAACAUGGGUAGUUCUGGAUAUUUGGCACAGCAGCCGAACAUGGGGAGUACUGGAUACCUAGCACAGAAUUAUCAGAGUAGUGGGGGAUUUGGUAGUUCAGGCUUUCUGGCACAAAAUCAUUACAGCAGUGGAAGUCUGGGCAGUUCUGGUUACUUAGCUCAGAGCGGUGGCAUCAUGGAUCCUAAAAUGGCGUAUGCAUGGCAGCACCUUAAAGCGGACUUCAUGCAGCCUAGAAUCAACCAUAUUCACAAGGCCAUAAACCCUCUCCUUGAAGCCAGCAGAAUGCAACGGGAGCAGUAUGGAGACAUUCCAAUGGCAGACAUGGUGGGGCCAGAGUCUGGACUGGAGCUUCUCCAUGGACGUCUCCAGAGAGAUCCACGCGGUAGCCGCUCCGACCCUCAAAUGGACCAUCUGAGAAGAGAGAGGGAAUACAAGUUGGGCCGACAGACCUCCAGUGAGCAGGAGAUCCAAGCCAGGCUCAACGAGCUGCCGAUGAUCGUGCGUCAGGAGCGUUACCGCAGACGCCUGGAGAGGCAGUCGUCCAGUGAACAGGAGGGAAGUGGGAAGCAGAGGAUACAGAGACAGGACUCCAGUGACCUAGAGGGCUCCAUUAAAGAGGGCUCAGACAAACGUUCAGGGGAAAAGAGAUCUACUAUGGCAGAGAUUGUUGAACAGGUUCAGGAGAGAGAGGCCGCACAUGCGCGGGGAGAGCCUUAUCGUCCUCCAAGUAGUCUCUCAGCUCCUGUGACUCGUUUUGAUGGACGUCCUCGUGCCCGUGAUCGUCCAAAACCAAGGAGGAGGCCACGUCCCAAAGAGCCUGAGGAAACUCGGCGUUCUCGCUCAGCCCCAGCAACUGGAGCCCCAACAACACCCCAGCCACCUUCACACACUGCCCAAAAUGAAGGCUCCCUCUACCGCAAAAAGGCCACCAGCUCUGACUUAGAGGGUCAACAGAGGAGCCCCAACAGUAAAUCGUGGGUCAAUGUAUACUGUGUGCUGAAAGAGGGAAAGCUGACCUUCUACAAGGAUGCCAGGAAUCAAACAACAACGUACAACGGAGAGCCAGCCGUCGACCUCAGUAACUGCUCCUUUGACCCUUCGCUGGGAUACAAGAAGAAGAAAAAUGUUUUUAUCUUACAAAUGAAUGAUGGAAACCUCUUUGUAUUCCAUGCAAAAGAUGAGGAAGACCUGAAGGCCUGGACUUCAAACAUCACCACCUGUAUAUCUGAGCAUGAAGCCAUGGUCAAAUGGGACAAGCCUGGGACUUCAUCCAUGGAUCCUGACCACUCCGAGAGGAAGGAGAAAUCUGAGGGAGAUGCAGACGCCAGGUCAGAGCCUUCUGAGAUGGUCGAGGGGGAGGAAAGAUCUGAGAAGGAGAGGUCAGAGAAAGGGGAUGGCUCAGAUAAGUUAGACACAUCAGAAAUCGCAGACAAGAUAGAGGGCGGAGCUGGGGGCUCCAGCACAUCCGGAAAAAGCAAAUGAGGAGCCCCUUCAUCUUUUAAUGUCACUAACUGACAGAGGGCAUAGGAGACGGUGGGUGGGAGGAAGGGAUGAAUGGAUGGAUGUUGGAUGGAUGAAUGGAGAGCAUGUGCAGCUAGGUUUGCAGAUCCUCAGUGGUGGAGCCAAAACCCACUGAGGCCACAGUCCUAGGACUGACUACUGUUACUGUGACAGACUAAUCUCUUAGACCCUCCCCUUCACCCAGGCAAUACAUUGCUUGCAUUGUGCCACCUGGUGGUAGCCAGGAGGUUGGCCCAAACAGACAGACGAACAAACUGACUCCAACAAACGGUCACAGGAAUUAGUCGCUGUCAUCUCCCAUCGUUGAUCGUUUAAUCUCUUGGAUUCACAGCAUCCUCCUGUAUGUAUCUUUGACUGAUAAUGUAAUGCUCUGUCUAUCUAGACAAACCCAAGAAGUGGUAAAUGAAAUGUUCCACAAUAUUAAAAAAAAAGAAAAGAAAAGAAGACAUUUUUUUGAAGCAAUAUACUUUUUUAUUUUGUCUUUGUUAGAGAGAGAAACUGGAAAAAGGAAACAAGAAAUAGAUGCAACUCUAUGAUUUGUCACAUGUAAGCUUAUGCCAGGCAGUUGUGCACCCUAGACAACUGACACAUCUGUAUACUAAACAUAGUGACAUUUAAUCCCAUCACAUGGCUAGCUUUCAAUCAUGUUAAUAUAAUGGAAUGCUGGUGUUAACCACCUGAUUUCAUAAGUGUCUAAAAAUACACAUUUUUACAGGUUCAUUUGAGUUGAUGUUAUUAUUACUGUUAUUGUUAUUAGUUCACAAUGCUUCACAUGAAGAAAAGAGCUCCCAUCAAGUUCUAAUCCAUUACCUCAAGGUGUGUGGCAGUGGUUCAAAGUAACACUAAGCCUAUGUGACACAACACCUUCGUGUACAUGAUGAAAAUCAGAUCAUUGCAUGGAAUAAUCUGUUAGUGCACCUGUUAAAACUUGCCUUUCUUUUUAUGUUUUGGAAAUAAGUUGAGGAGUUGGAAUUGCAAUAAUUCAGUGUGAGUGGGGGAAAUGUAUUUUGUUAUCUCGGGCCAAAAUCCAGAUUUACUGUAAGUCUAAAAAGUAGUAUUGUCUUCUAUUAGCAGUACACAUGAGAGUGAGGGAAGGGGGAGGUAUUACUGUACAGGAUACCAGAGUACUGACUACUCUAUGAUCUGUAACUCAUAUUAAGAAGCCAAAUGGUCCCUCUGCAGUGUGUACUGUAUUAGUACAAUUUAUUUUGCAUAGAAUGUGCUGAUCCCAGUUGUGAAUGUUGUUACCCCAGGGUGGGUGGAGCCCCAAAAUGUAAAAACCCUGAAGAAUUUCGCUGAAAUGAAUCCUACUCUGUUCCCAGUUUCUGUCAUGAAAAUCUCAAACCGAUUGGAAACUCUCCACCGAAGACAAGUCAAGUGUAAAACUGUCAAGAAUCAAGAAAAAUGUAUAUAUCUAUCUUUGUAUGUAUACCAAUCAAUCCUGUGCUCUAAAUAAAACAAUACUCUGAACCGAAAUGGGUUAAAAUUAAAACAUUUGUAUUUAGCCACAAAUAAAAACAAUCUUCACUCAAAUAUAUUAUUGUUUAUUACAUUAAAUGAGAAAUAUGCAAAUUAGGAGUCACUAUUAAAUAUCAUAGUGUAUAUAGGUACGUCAGUAUCUAGUUCUAUUGACAAGUUUUACCAGGGAAGAGCAGGGACUUACUGUAGGUAUGCUUGUGUAUUUUUUAUGUGUAUAUUUAUUCAUGUCAGGUUGAGAAGCCGCUCCUGUAAGAACGUGUUAACACCAGCUGAUUAAGUAGUCAGCGUGUCUGUAAGAGGUGUGCUUUAUUACCAACGGGAACUAGAUAACUAGCCUGUGUGUCCACUGGUUAAUUGGAUUUAUUGGUGAAUAGCAUAAAUUAAAUUUGAAUCUAUCUGUUAAAUCAAUACAUUUGACAGAGGUGUGCUGUGAGCACAGGGAUGAACAGGCAUUAAGUCACUUAUUGUUUCUUAUAUUUGAACGUAUAAGGACAGUCACUGUAAGCUUCACUCCAAAGUUAGUAGUAAAUUUGAAACUAAAAUGACUUCAGCAAAAAAUGGAGGAAAUACAUAUUCAGUGGACGACCCACGUCAUAUCUGAGAUCAGCCGUGUUUCAGAUCACUGACAGUGCUGCCGUUUCCGUAGUCACUGCUGCCGCCUCCCAGACGGGUGGAACUAGAGCAGAUAAGCUGUGUUACCAUGUGAAUGUUCUUUUCAUUUAUGAGCCAUUGUUUGUCUCUACACAUUGUGCCAUGUCAUGCAGUUUGCUGUGACAGCAUUUCAAAGCACCGGGUCCUUCAAACCAAUGACAUUUCACCUGACUCUGCAGUCGUCUGACAGAGAGCCUGUCGUUGCAAUACAUAUUUUUUAUCUCUAAAAAAAUGAAGCUAUAGUAUUUUCAUGUGGCUGUAAUUGUUCUAAGUCAUUGCUCAUGGCAGACAUUUAUCCUGCGCCACCAUGUGCGUUUUACACUUUUGUUUCUCAUCACUUUUAUGAAACAUAAAGGAUUCUUCCACACCGUCUUAUACCAGUAACAGAUAAAAUGACAUAGGCAGCAUAAACUGUGACUGAACAAAUGUAUUAUUGUGCAAACUGUUUCCUUUCCUUUGGUGUGUAUGACUUUGUUACUUUCCCUGACAACUUUGCUGCUAUGACAUUAAAUAAACCUCCAACCUUGCUGAUGCAAACUUCACGUGAAUUCGA